AAAUCCAGACACCGAGGGGCGCGCCUGCGCCCAGACAGCGGCCUGAAUGCCUGGGAUGAGCGCGGGAGGACGGCGACGCCGUAAGCUAAGAGCUUUGCCGGGGCCACGUAGCGGGGCUGAGGACUCCCGUGCGAAGGUAUCCUCGCAACCGGUGUAACGCACAUUAAUAAAAAUAUCCUCCCGCCUUUUUUGCACACAUAACAGAAGCUGGCAAUUACCCGUUCUGUGUGCACAUCCGCGAAUGUACAUAGAUAGAGGGAGGGCGAGCAAACCCUGCUGAAUCUGUGCAGCUCUGAUUGCACGAACGCAAGAAGGAGGUCGCUCUCGCUCUCUUUAGACGGAGGUAAGCCAGUGAAGCGACCGCAAAAUGUCGCUGUUUUAGUGGAUUUUCAGCACCUACCAGACUGACAUCCAGCACAGCUGCCGGGGGAAGCGCACACGGGUUUCCGGAAGCCGGUGGCCGAAGCUACGUUAAAUGGAGCUUCGAGUGAGACGUGGAGGUACUGAUAGGUGAGUGGUCUCCUGCUCACCUUCGCUUGCCCUGGACCCAACAGACCUUGAAGAACUGACGCUGAAAUUUUAAUGGACGCUCUCUUUGAAUCAGGUUGAUCGUCUCUCACCUCGCCCCCUCCUUCCUAUCUCCUCAGAAGAAGGAGGGUGGGGGAUUGGCCCCCUGCCCCUCCUUGCAGGCUAGGCUAGGUUAGGUUAGUCUUCUUUUUGCAACAUAGUCUUUUCUCUUUUAUAUUAUCUUGUGCUCAGACCUGAUCCAAUCUCAACAUCACUUCUUCAUGAAAUCCUGCCAGAGCCUAAAGGAGGAGGUUUCCAUCCCCAGCCUGGGCGGGAUGUCACAGGAGGAGGCACGUAGGACGCCCGUGUCCCAGAACUAUUAUCACUCUAAUAACCCAGAUUUGGACCUGACGGGAAAGGUUCACAGGAGGGAGGUGAGUGGAAAGCCUUAUUCUGUGUUGGUUGACAACAAGAUGUCAGCAAAGACGGCUGGGACGGAUCAGAACAUGGGUCAGGUGCCGCCUCAGCAUGUGACUUCACAGCAGCAUCAGCAGUACUUCAGAGAGGGAACACAGGAGGCGGGGUCGCAGGAGUCCGAAACAGGAAACCAGGAGUCCUCUGAUGACACAGAGGUUGAUGAAGAUGAUGAGGAGGAAGAAGAUGAGGAGGAAGAAGAGGAGGGUGAAGAGGGCUACAAACGUGAGCAGAUCAUCGUCGAGGUGAAUCUGAACAACCAGACGCUUCACGUAUCCAAGGGCGACAACAAAACUGGAACUGCAGCAGACGACUCAGAAAGAGGAGGAAGUGAUGAGGAUGAGGACGAUGAGGAGGAGGAGGAGGAGGAAGAAGAGGAGGAUGAAGAGGAGGAGAGCCAUGAUGAGGAAGAGGAGGAAGACGAAGAGGACGAAGCAAUGAAGAGUCAAACGACGCGAUCGAGACGAACCAGACAAAGUUCUUCGUCAGCCAGCCCGCCAAAGAGGAAAAGCCUCCGAACGGCCAUGACCGCCGCCACAGCCGGAAUGACCACCAGGGGGCGGCGGAGGCGGAUGGAGCCUCCAAAAAGCAAGCGCAGGUCAGGCAGGUCGACCCCGUCUUCCGCAGGUACAGAGAGGACGGGCGAGAAGGCAGAGAUGGAGGAGGAGAAGGAGAUGCUGGCGUGUGAGAAGUGUCCCCGGGUGUUUAACACACGCUGGUACCUGGAGAAGCACAUGAACGUCACACACAGGCGGAUGCAGAUCUGCGAUAAAUGCGGCAAGAAGUUCGUCCUGGAGAGCGAGUUGGCACUGCAUCAGCAGACUGACUGCGAGAAGAACAUCCAGUGUGUCUCCUGCAACAAGUCUUUUAAGAAAUUGUGGUCACUGCAUGAGCAUAUUAAGAUUGUUCACGGCUAUGCAGAGAAGAAGUUCUCAUGUGAAAUCUGUGAGAAGAAGUUCUACACAAUGGCCCACGUUCGGAAGCACAUGGUUGCUCACACUAAGGACAUGCCUUUCACCUGUGAGACGUGUGGGAAGUCGUUUAAACGCAGCAUGUCUUUAAAAGUUCACUCGCUCCAGCACUCUGGGGAGAAACCUUUCCGUUGUGAGCACUGCGACGAACGGUUCCAGUACAAGUACCAGCUGCGCUCCCAUAUGAGUAUACAUAUUGGACACAAGCAGUUCAUGUGCCAAUGGUGUGGCAAAGACUUCAACAUGAAGCAGUACUUUGAUGAGCACAUGAAAACACACACAGGAGAGAAGCCUUUCAUUUGUGAAAUCUGCGGGAAGAGCUUCACCAGCCGGCCCAACAUGAAGCGCCACCGCCGCACGCACACGGGCGAGAAGCCGUACCCCUGCGAGGUUUGCGGCCAGCGCUUCCGCUUCUCAAACAUGCUCAAAGCUCACAAGGAGAAGUGCUUCCGGGUCACCAGCCCCGUGGUCCUGCAGACUAGCGGCUCCUCUGUGCCUGUCCGCCUCUUUGCCAACGCCUUCUCCUCACCUGCGUCCUCUUCUUCCUCUCCCACCACCGUCCCUGGGCCCUCAGCGGCAACCACCGCCACCACCUCGGCUUCGCUGGCCCUCGGCCCGACCGGAGCGCCCGUUCCGCAACAGGGCCCCGUCGCACACACGUUCUCCCAUGCGCAGCUUCAUUCAGCGCCUUCCCAUCAUCAUCUCUCCAACACGCCACAGCAGGCCAAUCCUCACAGCCACCACCACCUGGUGGUCCCUCCUAUCGCCCACCUUCCACCUCCUCCUGCUCUUUUCAAGAGCGAGCCGCUUAACCACUGUGGGCAUGAAGACAGCAGCUACCUGCACCACAUGGCCCCCCUUGACAAGGGUCCCGGAGCGCCACAGCACCACUGAACCUGUGCGGCACCAAACCACACCUUGUUUGUCUUCUAAAAGCUCUGCCUCAGCUUCUCAAACGCAGGAACCGUAAGCCGGGUCUGCAGAGAGGAGUUGGUUGCAGACAGCAGGAUGAGAUGAAAUGGGAGCAUACGUGUUCCAUCAGACAAUGGAGGUUUCCUAUGUAGACAUGGUUCGACUAGAAUUAAUCUAAACUCAUAAACAUUAAGGAUUCAAACUGUUGCACCUUCCGUGCAAAAGUGAGACAUCACUUUAAAAACUGUUCAACCCUGCAAAUGUUUUUACAAUCGCUAGAAAUUAUUCUUCAGAAAACGACUUUGUGUGAACAAGUCUCUCCACAUUUAAAGAGUGGAAACUGGUUUUCAUCACAAAUAAAAGCUGCUGAUGGAACUCAAAAUCCAUAAUACCUAGACUUCCUGGAUCCUCAAAGAUCUGUUUCACUGAACUUUGCUUUUCUUUUUAUUUUGUUAAUUUGACUCAAGGUCAUACAUUGGUCAAGACAUGAGCUUUCUGUGCCGCUCAUCCCCAUAGCAAUGUUGUACUUAUUCUCCAAGCUGUAGUGCAGAAACCUCAUGGGCAAACAAAUGUUUAAUGAAUGUUGAAACUGGUUCUACCUGAGCCUUUUUUUCCUGUACAGCAGCCAAGGUUAAAGGGACAGUUUAGAUUUUUAUAUCAAUGUUCUGUGCUAUAAACUGCAGGUAGAUGCUCUACCUAUAGUAGACAGAUGUCAUAUUCAAAUGAGUUUGUGUAAACAUGAGCAUACUUAACUUUUUGGCAAUUAGGCUAACUGCUAAGAAUCAGUUUAAACAAACUGAAAAAGUUUCUUUCUGUGUUUUUUAACUGAUAAACGUCCCUGUUAUAGUGUAAAAUUGCAUUAUUUGAGACUCCAGCUGCCUCAUCAUCUCUAACUGACUGGUCUGCUCUAAGUCUGCCAAACAUUUUGGUUUUGCAUCAGCCUCAGUUUUGCAGUUUUGGAAAUUAUUUUGAGUUGACUUGUGAUCAGUUAAACACAAUCUGUUAAUAUUGCAACUCUAAUGUAACCGUCCAGUGAUGAGCAAUAUUUCACUAGCUCACAAAAUGACCCCCCCAACAAAACUGCUUAUCUUAAGAUUUUCUACAUUUGGUAAGUAAUGCAAUUGUCUCCCACGUAGCACUCUUAAAUAUAUAUGAUGAUAAAUUAUUCCAGUCAAAUUUGUGUGGACAAAAUGGACAAAGUUGGUCUCCUGAUUCAUAAGCAAAAUUGAUUUCUGUGGAUUUCAGAAUUGUUAAUGAUUAUCAUUGCCCUGCACUUAAGCUUUCCCACUCAGGUGUGGAUCUGAACGAGUUGAGCCUCCGCUAAGUGAUUAGACAUUUAGACAUUGCUGCAGCUUCCAGAUAGGCUCUCAUUUUCUGUAAAAAUCAGUGUGAAAGGUACACUAAGAUUUAAAUUUGUGUAAAACUGCACAUUUGAGAACUCAGAGCCACAAAUUGACCAUAUUUUUGUUUCGUUUUGCGUUAAAUGUCCAAUUUGACAUUUUUAAACAAUGCCAACUGGGUCUAAAUUUUCUUGCAAAUGUAGUUGCUAAAACCAACUAAAAGCCCCUCGUCUGUUAGUUUUUCUUCGCUCUAAUUAUUUCUUCACUAUUUUGCAAACUCACAAUGCUAUGUCAUCUGUCUGCUACAGCUAAGGCAACAAUUACUGAUAAGUUCACAGAACCUCAGAUCAAAACAUUUGAACUGUCCCUUUAGGGCUGUCAGUCAGGGGGCAAACAGCAGUAGAGUAAAAUGCAGUGCCAUAGGUUACAGUGAGAUGGGAGAGAUUAGUUUUUUGUAAAUUAAAUUGAAUCUAGACCAAGUCUCAGAUUUAUAUCCGUAAAAAUGGUGCUUUCCAUUCCAUUACUUAAAAAGUCCUUAUUUUGCUUUCUAAUUCAAUUUUCAUAACCUAAUCUAGUGUGUAAGUGUGUGUGGGGAAAAAUUUUGUUCUUUCAGCCUGGCUUUUCUACAGUGAAAUUAAUGUUGGACUUGAUAUUUUGUGAUCGAGAUCACUUUAAUUAAACAGAAUCUGCCCCAGGCACACACAUAUACACACACACACACACACAUACCCCACACACAUUCACGCAUACACACGGUCACUGAUUUACCUACAGUGACCAGUAGAACCACCUCAGCUUACAGGACAGUUGGUCAAUGUUUGCUUUCAGAAAAUGAAUGACUGUCGAAUAAUACUGCCACUGUGAGGGGCCAGACAUGUGGCCCCGUCUGCUUUUGUCCUCUACUUUAUUUUAUUUUUUUAUCCCCACCUCCCUUUGCUGCUGUUCAAACAAUACGGGUUACCAUGUUAAAGGUCGCCUGACACACACACACAGUAUACACAACUGGGACCUUUUUCAUUGAAGCUCUUAACAGUAUAUUAUGCAUUAUUCCUCAGCCUGUAUUCCACGGUUUGAUGUGGGGUGGUGUUGUAAUAUAGAGGCUAGACUUUAAUUUUAUUUUUUUUUAUUUUCUGUACUGACAAACUUUGGUCCACUAAGGCCAGCGCAUGUGUAACCUGUUGAAUGUUGCCUAAGCCGAAUGAUGGUUUAUAGAUCAUUCUUGUUUCAUGUUCUCAGAUUAUUUACGUAGUUUUUAAGCUAAUGAACAGUCGUCACAUGCAAUUAACAGCAGAUCUUUACAUACACUGAAUAAAAGGAUGUUUUUUUUUCUCAUCUUCUGACAAACUUCCUGUUUUUAGACCAGAUUUCAAAUUACAAAAAUCAUUUUGAUGUAAGAAGUACUAGAAAAAUUAAAAGGGGAUUCUUUGAGAUUCUUUUAUUUCUUCAAAUUUAGAUGUUUAUUUAGUUCUCCUUAGUAUUUGGCAGAAUUGUAGGAAUUUUGCCGACAGAAGUUGUUACUCGGUCACCUUUUUUAGCUCUUCCCACAGAUUUUCUGUGGGCCUGAGAUUGCAGCUUUACAAUGGUCGCUCCAAAACUCCCUAUUUGUUGUCCUAAAGUAACUUAAUUGCUAUUUUGGAUGCUGAUGGUCAUUACCCAGUUGGAACAACUAUUUAAAUCCAAACUUUAAAUUCCCAGCUGUCAUUAAAUGCUGCCUUUGUGUUUUCACAUAAUAAUGUUUCUUCAAGAUGCCAUCUAUUUUGUUGAGUACAACAUAAUCCUGCCACCCUCACUUCACAGUUGGGAUUGUGUUUUUUUGGCUAGCAAGCUUCAUUAUUAUUUUUUUUUCUGGAAAAUUAUUCAAAGAUUAUUUUGGUGUGAGAAUUUUGGUUUUAUUAAACAAUAAGACAGGUUUUGAAAAAUGUUUGGAAUUUAACUUCUUCACUGAGUGAAGAAAUUGAUAUUUUUCUCAGCAGUUUCAACAACAAUCUUGGGUUGUUUCUCACAUGUCAUAUAUAGAAGCUACCUGACUUCUAAGCACUUGAUGGCAGAACAUUUCCAUGGUGUUUAUACAAGCAUAAAGCCAUUUGAACAGAUGAACUUGACACCUUUAGGAAGUUUGGAAAAGUGAAUCAAAUGGAGCGCCACAACUCUCUUUCUGAUUUCUCUCAAUUUUCUGUAGUGUCAUAAAAGGAAGCUGUGAUUUUUAGGGUUUAACUUAAAAUGCAUCCUCAGGCAAGCCUCCAUUUAACUCUAGUGGUGGGCAUUAACCAAUCAGAUUCUUAAUAAGCUAUUACAACAUCUGGUCUUUCAUGAAUAGUUUAAAAGCACCGUAAUUUCAAUGUAAAACCUUUGAUGUUAAAAAACUCAAAACAUAUGAAAGAAAUCCAUCAUUACUGACCUAAAAUGGUAAAAGCUUAGUUUGAUUUAAUGUCUAACAAUGAGAGGGUAAAAACUAACUUUUAUAUUGUGUAUGUAAACAUCUGGUUUCAACUGUUGAUGUACUGUCAGCACAUGAUAGGAAAUGUCAGGAUAAGUGGCAGUGGUCAGAAAAUGUCAUGAAACUGGGGUUCUUCCGUUGGUCAAAAGUUGUGUGUCUGGUGUUUUAAGGAGCAGAAGCUGUGGGCUUGUGUUUGGUCUGAAUUUUCUGGUUCUAGCCACCUCAGACUGACAAUACAUUGAGAGUGUAUUGUGCAUGCAUUGGUCUCAGUUUGGAUCUCUUACCCAAAGCUGCUUUUACAAUGUGUCCCAAUAAUGUGUCAUUAGAGGAGUAAAUGGAGAGAGGGGCGGACAAUAGGAAUAAAAUAACCCAUCCUGUCAUUCUGAUGGUAGUCUGAAGUGGUUAAGAUCAGUAGUUUAGCGCCAGGCCUGCAAUUAGCCUGCCAUCUCUGUGUGUCUUAAUACUGCUGCAAUAUUAUUUGCUAUCAUUCAAUCUCUGUGGGCUCACUGCUGGGAUUCAGGAUUUUGCAGUAGGGGUAUUUUCAGUCUUGUAUUGUUCCUUUUAUUUUUUAUUUUUAAAGCCUUUUGUUAUUCUCUGCACUUUACUGCUGCGUGGGUGAUGCGCAGGGAACGGGGUUAGGGGAGGAGGUGACAAUGCAUUGUGGAGCAGAAUGCAGUUGUGACUGUAUGGGAAAUGGAUGGAGGCGACUUACUCUUGAGUGGAUUUUUAUUUUUUUUCUAAGGCAAGGAAAGGAGGAGAAUCUGAGGUGGAGGUGGAUGGUGUGCAAGGGACCAUAGCUAAUAUACACAUCUAUGUACUUAACUUCAUUUUGAGAAAAAUAGCCUGCAAUGUGGACCUUUCCUUCAAAGUACAAAUGAUGAUCCUGCUGCUUUUGCGCCAUCACACACACCCUUCCGUGUAUUAUUGGAAAUAAGUUCGGCAUUUUAUUUUGUUUUAUUUUCUCCCAUUGUGUCAGUUUUCUCUGUUGCAGAAUGAUUCUCCUCCUCCUUUCUUUGUUAUAUAGAAUGCACUUUCUACUAAAAUCCUUGAGUAGUUAAAAAUAACAUUGUAUAUUCUUUAAAGAUGUUCUAAAAAAAAUCAAUAUUCUUUCCCAUUUGUAUUUUUAACCACUUAAUGUAGCAUUCUGUAUUUUAUUAUGUGUCUGGUACAAAAUGUGCAGCUUUAUAAUGUCCUGUUUUGUCCUUUUUGUAUGUUUUCUGGAGAAUGAGGAUAAGUGAUAAAAAGUUGGGCCUUUUUUGAUAAUGUACAUUUAACUGACUGCUAACUUUGAAAAGUAAAAACUCGUAGCCAUGA